CCUAAUGGUUAGAGAGUCAGACUCGUAUCCCAAAUGUUGCGGGUUGAAGUCUUGUAUCUGCAGGGAUUGUCAUGGGGGGAGUGAAUGAACAGCGUUCUCUCCUGCCUUCAAUACCACGACCGAGGUGUCCUUGAGCAAGGCACUGAACCCCCAAGUGCUCCCUGGGCAACGCAGCAUAAAUGGCUGCCCACUGCUCCGUAACCGUCAGGGGUGAAUACAGCUGAUGCAGGAAGACUCACGUGCGGCAUUCUGCCAACCAGUGAAAAGUCUGCAGAGAGAGAUCAGGUUACAGGAAGCUUUCUCUCACCAAAAACACAUUAAACUGAGAGGACAGACUCAAGAGAUACUCCACUCACUUCACCUGAUAAGAAGAAAUCUCUCUGAUUCAGCAGCAUGCCUGGAAACCUCUUAAAAAAUCCCAAUGGAGAUGAGGAUCUGGAACACUGGGAGCUGAUAGAGAAUGGAGGCGAUCAAUGGCGGACAGAAGACAUGCCGGGGGACUGCGGACACGCUUUCAAUGACGAAUCAGUCACUAAAUACUUCAGCACUUCUUUCGAGCCGUGUAUAAAAAGACAAAUGAUUGACGUGCUGGCAGAGGGUUAUGACCCUGAAAAUGUAGAUAUUGCACAGCCAGCAGUCACUGUUGAGGACUGGUACUGUAGCCGAACAGACUGUGGGUGUAUUUAUAUGCUUACUGUGUCUCUGCUUGAUGAAAACAAAGAGGUCAUCACUGAAUUUAAGUCAGAUGAAGUGACCCUUGACCCUGACUGUGAUGACUGCUCUUGGAAAAAGGUGAGCCACACAUUCACAGAUUAUGGUCCGGGCCUCCGCUUCAUCUCUUUUGAACAUGGCGGUCAAGACACCAAGUAUUGGCAGGGCUGGUUUGGAGUGAGAGUGACCGGAAGCUCAGUUACCAUAGACUUCUGAACACCAAUCAGACAAUAAUAUGAUUGAUUGAAAAAGACCAGAAUAAUUUUCUCUCAGCUUGCUUUUAGAUUUGCACAUACUGUACCAUGUAUAAUAUUGAUUAAAUAUACAGCUGAAGGUGUAUGUGUAAUGCUAGGCCUUUAAAAAA